GUUGCGCGGCAGAGGUGAACAGUUGGCGGUGUGCCUCAGAAGUGAACGGUCCAGCCGAAGGCUGUCGAAGUCACUACUACUUUUUUAAAACCACCAUCCCCCCCUCACUACCUGUCUCUCUCUCUCUCUCUCCCUCACACACACACACUCUCCCCUCUGCUGGUGCCGCUGUCAACGUUCGCUCUUCUCCUGACAUUCGUCGUCGUCGUCGUGAUCGCCCCGCCAUGGCACUCCCAGCGCUGGUUCUCUGCUUGGCACUCUUCGCCCAAGAUGUCUUAGCGGGUGGCGAUGGCGCGCCAGCAUGGACUUACACUGGACAACACGGCCCCGUCAACUGGGGAUCCAUGUUCACGACGUGUGCUGGAAAGAGGCAGUCCCCCAUCAACAUCGAAACUGGAAACGUCAAAACCGAGUACUGGAAGCCUUUCACUCUGAAGAAUUUCGACCAACCACCGACCAGCAUGAGAGUCAAGAAUAAUGGGCAUUCUGCUGUUGUAGAGAUAGACGCGCCUGCAGCUCCUAGAGUUACCCAAGGAGGUCUCAAGGGUGAAUACAUCUUUGCCCAGUUCCACUUCCACUGGGGAGGCGAUUCCAGCUUGGGCUCUGAGCACACCAUCGAUGGCGUCAGGUACCCCAUGGAACUCCACAUGGUCCACUACAAGGGCUCUUACGGAAGCCUGGCCAACGCUGUCUCCAAGGGCGACGGUUUGGCUGUAUUGGGCGUUAUGCUGGAGGUCUCUGAAACUGACAACCCUGCCCUUACUCCUCUUGUGUCCACUCUCACAAAUAUCACUGAAUCAGGUAUGUUCGCCAACGUAGCUGCCAGCUACCCACUCCGUGCCUUCUUGCCCAACAACCUGGAGAAGUUCUACCGCUACGAGGGCUCUCUAACCACCCCAACCUGCAACGAGGUUGUCACCUGGACAGUCUUCGCCAACGCCAUCCCAGUCUCUGAGAAGCAGAUGCGCGCUUUCCGUUCUUUGAGGGACGACCACGGAGGCAGCAUGAUCAACAACUUCCGUCCACCACAAGCCCUCAACAACCGCAAGGUCUUGGUCUCUGGCGCGAGCGGCGCUGACUCAGCCAGCAUGAAGAAGGUCGGCCUGACCCUCUACUUCAUGACUUCUAUGGCCGUCCUCAUGAUGAACAUGUAAAGAGAAAAUCAUGGAGGAGGAUCAAGAAGGAGUAUCUAUCUGAUCAUCACUUCUGUCAUCAGCCUUUGAAAUACUCGCCCUAGUCCUACUCACUGAAACUUCUUUUCUUGUCCCUUUCUUUCUUUCUCUCUUCGCUCGUCUGUUUCCUCUCACACUCUCUCUAUAUUUCAAACGCCCCGGAGGAGGCUCUCUUUUUCUGAAAAGGUGGUUCCGACGGCCUGAGGAGAGGGAACAAGGAAGAAACAAGAGGAACCCGCUGUCCCCUCCAAAGGCUUUCGUGCCGCCUUCCUCCACGUGAUAGCCCCAGCACCUCAAGCCUUCAUUGUCAGCAAUAUCAAGAAGAAGAAAUGGGAAAUAAACAAAAUAACAGUGAUUAAAUUUGCUUCGAGAAAUUAAUAAGAGAGCUGCCAUUUUAUUUCUAUCUGAUUAAUAGCGUUUUCGUCAGGGCCGAAAAUGUUUCUAUGGCAUCGAUAAUAAUAUUGAUAUGAUAAUCACCGACAAUGUACUGUAAAUACUCAACACUGUUUGGAAGUACUUUCUCUCACAAACCAGAGGAGAUUAAGGCCUUCUAAUAUUAGGAGAAAUUCUCUCUCUCUCUCUCUCUCUCUCUCCUCUCUCUCUCUCUCUCUGUAUGUCUCCUGAACUGAUGGCUUUCUCAAACAGUGAUCAUGAAUGUAUGCUACUUUAGGCUCUUGCAAACAUCAAAAGAUUUUCCAAAAUUGUGGUUGGCAUUUAGUGGUUGUUUAGCUAUGUGAAAUCAACCCAGUUCUGCUAAACUAGAAAAAAAGUUGACGAGUAAAUAGUUAUUAUAUUCAAGCAUUUAUUAUGUAAAUAAAUAAGUUUCAGAAGCAGCAGCCUACUCUAGCAACGUCUGUAUAAGCAUCUAUAAACCCAACUUGACUGUCCACAAUAAGCCUGUAACCAUCCAAAGGCCUGUACUUAUUGAAUCUAGAAGUGACGGUUAUCUAUUUCUGAGCCAUUAAUCGAAGUCAUUCAUUGAUGAAUAAUUGUACUAUGAGUCUCCAUAAUGGUACUAGGCUUCUCCUUCUGGUUUGUCUGCUGCAGCAGGUCCCCUUUUUGAACAGCAUUCAAGUCUGUCACUUUUUAUAUGCACUGAUUGUUUUUGCCUUCACGCACGCCCCUCUUCACAGACGCUCCCUGUGGGAGGGAGUGAGCUACCUUCACGAUAAGGCCAGUACUUACGGACUCUGAACACACUCGUUAACGGAAACAUCAGCUCUCGCACGAACCUCCCAUGCGACCAAAUCAGGGAGGGAGAAACAAGAAACAAGAAGGAAAACGAAUAUACAGAGGUAUUCGAUGCUCAACGAAAAGAGAAACAGAAAAAAAUAAUAAUAAAACAGAAGACUUGUCCUUUUCUGAGGUGAACUGAUGAUAGGUAUUUUGAUAUCUCGACAGAACCUACAAUGAAUAAACAAACAGAGAUUUCUGAGAAUGUGUAUAUAUAUAGGCCAGUGUUUUUCCUAGUCUCAUUCGUUGCAAAAUGGAAUGCUACUACUCAUCAGCCGUAGGUUGUUUUUUCGUGGUGUUUUUGUGAUACUACUACACGUAACCCCGAGGGUAAUGAGGACAAAAAUAAGUAAGUGUCCCUCGACCUUGAAAAACCGAAAAGUCGCCCAAAAUGAAGAGAGAAGUGUAGGAUCACUUAGACCGACCAUCGCCUGUACAUAAAUGGUAGUAGGAGGGCAACCUGUCCCCUCCCCAUCCUCCAACCCCCAAACCCCCACACGACGUCUUGAAAUGUUCAACAUCCCAAGUCUAAUGUCGUCUAGCUUCGAGACAUCGAGUGGAUUUUUUUUUUUUCCGAAAUAAGGAAACCAUAUAGAAGAGACACCUGUUAAUACUGAUAAG